GUAAAUCGAAACGUUAAACUUCUCGAUAUUUAACACCGACAAUGUCAAGCCAGGAGCUAUAUAUAUUUCAAUAUAAUAUGAAAUUGAUUGAAUCUUUAACUUGGCAUGCGUUUCACUGUGACUUUUACAUAUAAGAAUGAGCUUUUUGACGGCAGACUUGAACAUCGAUUUCCUUUCAGUGUGGAUUAUACAUUAAAGUUAUAUACGAACAUUACGGGCUUUAUUGGGUCAUUGAGAUUGGGAAUUGUUGGUAUAGGUGUUAAAACGCUACUAAAUAUUUAUGAAGUUUUCAAUUAAAGUUUUUAAACGGAUGGUUGAAUGUGAUUCGUGUUGUGUGACUCUGGGGGAGAACACAAUCGUCACGUUUGAAGAUUUUAUAGGAUUUAUACGGAGAUAUAAAUUUUAUCAAAAUAAAAUCCAUGUUUAGUUCGAACUUAUGGAAUACAAAUAGCUACGACAUAGCAGCGUGGGAAUUAUUAAUAAAUUGAACAAAGAUACUGUAGAGAUAAAGUUUAUGUAUACAAGUAAACAGGCUGUACAAAAAAAGCCAUUUAAAUUAUAGAGGAAUAAAUAUGCUGAGUUCAUAUAUAAAUUAUUAAUUUGAUAAAUGGAAUUACGGCCAGUUUGCAGAUUAUAUAAUGGAACAAUGUUAGAAGAUUAAAACGUCAAAGAACCGAAGUUUAUUAAUCUUAAUACACCAGAGGAGACUGACUUCUAAACACGAAAUAAAGCACGGUUCACGUGUAUAAGUGGAAUCCUGCGACAACGUUACUGUGUAACGCUAGAUCUAUAAAUGGAUCUAGAGAAUUUUAAAUGGAAAGGUAAAGAUCAAAUACGUCGAUAGAGCACGCGGUGAAAGUUUCCGUAUAAAAGCAACAAUGAGUUCUGACAGUGUUAUUGAAGAAGACAUUUUUGAGGAGAUAGACGAUGAAAGUCUGGAAGGAGAAGAAAAAUAUAAAGAAAUUAGUAAUACAAAGAAAGACUCAUACAAUUGUGACGGUAAAAUAAUAGCUGAGAACAGUGAUAUUCUAGCCGAAAGCAUUGGUGAAAAUAAAGAAAACAUUAGUGAAAAUAUAGCUGUAAAUGAUAAAGCGGAUGAAAGUGAAAAUACUAAUGGAAACAAGAACGACCAAGAUGAACGUAUUGAUGAACAAAAUGUUGAAAAAUGUGAUCAAAAUCAUGUUACGGAAAAUUUGAAUGCUCAAGUUGGAAUAGAUGCUGAAAGAAAUGAAACGUCUGAUCACAGAAUAGAUAUAGAUAGCAAAAUAAGUAAAGCUGUGAUAAACUUCUCCGGACUUUUGGCUGAAAACGUGUUACAAGAAGCUCUUCUUAUUAAUGAAAUAUAUACAAAGGACAGUAUUAAUGUGAAAGUACAGGAACAUGAGGAGAAUGACCGUGAUAGAGAUAUAAGAAAACAUUUGUUCCCAGGUCAAAAUGGACGUAUACCAGAUAAAGAUAACGGGGCUGGAUAUGAUAGUUACCUGCUAGACAAACUUCUACGAUCUAAAGCAGAUCCAGAAGAAAUAGCUGAUGUAAACGGCUUUGACGGUAAUGAAGAACAUUUUAGAAUAAAUGAACAAACUUAUCCUGGACUAGAUAGCGAUGAUGCUUAUGUUAAAGCAGAAUUGGAUAGAGUAAAUUCAGAUCGAGAGUUAAGUGACAAGAACAACAACCAAAUGGCGCCAGGUCUUACUGACCCAUUUGAAGAGACAGCUUUGCAGACUAUACACGAGGACCAUGAGCUUAUUAUUGAAGAUGGUUUCCGGGUUAACAACGUUGAACCAAUACAUCAUGUUGCAGGGGCCAAUGCAGAACAACGUAAUGGUUCACGUGAGGAAAUUGGUGAAGAGGACGUCAAUGGUAUUGAUGAAGAUUCGGAAAUGGUAGUACAAAAUCAAGACGAUGUUGUAGAAAAACCAAUAAGUGAUAUGAUCAAUGAUAAAAGUAUGGAAGAUGUUCCACAAGGACCUCAUGAACGCACGAAAGAAGUUCUCUUUGAAGACGAGGAUAAUUUGAUUGAAGUGAUGUUUAAUGACGAUGGUGAUUUGGUUGAGGUGAAACCUGAGGACGAUGCAGAAGAGCCAGUUAAUGAAGCACAAGAUGUCAACAAUGUUGACGAUGCUGACGAUGAUAUAAGUGAGGAUGAUGAACACGACUGUUGCGAGAUGACAUUCAAACAAAAACAGGCUGUGGUAAAGGCAGUUAGGAAAGGAGAUAUUCUACUUUUAGAGAAACUCCUAGAAAAGAAGAACGCUGAUAUGGGAAUGACUUGGUAUGGUGAGAAUUUGUUGAUGGUAGCGGUGAGGACACAACAGCAAGAAAUGUGUGAGUUCUUGAUAGAUAACGGCAUUGACUGGCAGUAUGAAAGAAAACUUGUGGAUGUUAACAAAAAUGGAAUAAUGUGUGUUCAUAGAACAUCAGCUCGACAAAUGGCCUUCGAUUUAGGCAUGGAGGACCUGGUGGAACUGCUCGAUUUUAAAAUGAACAAUUUGUUUCCGUUUGUGAAACCUAAACCGCGUGCACCUCGUUUACGACAACCAAUAGCUCCGUUUACGGUACCUGCGUUAGAUGAGGCGAUACACGAGGAGUUUCUAAUUGAACCGGAAGAGGCUAAAAAGUUACAAAAAGUAGUAACAGAACAGUAUAAACAACGGCAAAGAGAGAUCGAAUUAGAAAAUUUAGAAAUGAUGCAAAAGAGACGGAAAGGAAUUGCUACUGGUGCUGCAACCGGUGCGGUGGAGAAUGAAAGUGUUCAAACGGUUAAAACAAAGCCCACGUGUUCAGAUUUAAAUAUCAUACAUGAUGAUAUCAGUCAAGUGUUCGGACCGGAUGAAGGGUACGAGACAAUGUCACCAGUAUCACCGCAGAGACAUUUCUUUAACCACGUGCCAAGUAUGAAAGAACACGUCAGCAUCCGGUCAACUCGCGCAUAUCACUUGAAAAAAGCGUUUAUUGCUUCUAAAUCGGAUCAAUUCAAUCGAAUGGACUCUCCAGAUUAUCCUAUGUAUCAAAACAAUUACAUUGAAACGGUUGGAAGUUACAAUUUUGAAAGUAGAAAAUGGCGCCAUCCACAAUCGGCUCCUCAGUUCAGAAAUUAUUCCACAGAAAGUCUAUCAGACCAAUCUGUUCUAACUGGAUUGCCUGUUGUUCAUGGUGGAGCAAGGAAAACUGUUUCGGCUAGUAGUGAUAGGAAAAAUCACAUUCGUUGUCAAAGUGCACAUAGUAAUAUUUCGCCUUACUCACAAGUUGCGAAACUUUUAGAACAAUCUCGACUUUUCAGCCCUUUAAACAGUUCUGUUAAUAACUCUAGAUCAACCCCACAUUUUCCAGCCAUAUCACAAAAGAAAUGUGGGUCACCGCAAACCAAAACAAGAAUAAAUUAUAUUUACGCCGAUCGCUCCUCAGCAAAACAAAGAUGCAACGAUUUGUCCUCUAUGAAAUCCGAUUUGUUGCCGAAACGAAAACUCAAAUGUUAGUUUUACUUACAAUGUGUAACAAGUUGUAAAAACGUCCGCCAUUUUGUUUACUGUGUCAAACAAUAAGGGCAUAAAAUAGCAAAAUUUUCUUUUAGCUUUAGGUGCUUACUUUUUAAUGUCGACAUAAAAUUGGUCGAUUAAUUUUUGUCUGAUUCUUAUAGUACAAGUAGUUGGUGCUAUAUAAGACAAACUAAGCAUAAAUGCAAAGUUUGUCUACCAAGAUUGUCAGUGUUAAGCAGACAACAAAAUAGUGACUUAAAAUGGAUAACAUUAUUAUACACAUAUCCAGUGUCUAGACCGGAAGUCACAAAUGUUUUUUUCGACAUGAGUAAAAUCCGUUCAAAUAGGCGCUUUCUUUGUCCUGUACGCAACAAGCGUCUAUUUUAUUGAUUAUCAUAAUCAUCAUCAUCAGACGACGCAUGAUUGUCAUCGGAUUUCACAGUAUUUACAAAAUAUAGAAUUUUAUUACCCUUUCCAGAUUUUUUCCGCAUUUUUGAUUGGAUAUUGAUCACCCGAAAGAAAUUGAUAUAACCGAGCCAGACGGGUAAUAUACACACUAAAUUUCCCCGUUGGGUACCCAACGUUGUAAACAACAUGCGCGGAGGUGAUGCGCGUACGGUUCGAUUUUACGCGGUGUAAAUUCCGAUUUAAAACCACUUUUUAACUGUCAAAUGAUAAAUAUUUACCAAAGUAGAGUAAUGAUACAUAUUACCAUCAGUAUCGAAAACAAAUAUGACCU